GGCUGCCCCGAGGGCGGGGUCGGGGGGCAGGGCCCUCGGGCCUCCACAGGUAGCCGGCCCUUCUGCCAUCCCACUGCCCGUAAGGUGCCCAACCAUCCGUGCGCCCAGACCUCGCGCCAUCCGGCGCCGGCUCCGCGUCGUCCCUGAUCUAAAGGAGGCCGCUACCAUGACUGGGCAUUCUUCUGAGUUUGGGAAGGAGAAAAGGAGCUCUGCAAUAUUCCUGGACUUGAUGUAAUCAGCACAAUGUCAUCAGAAAACAAGAACGUCUGGAGGACUUCACCAUCGACAGCAGCAGCAGCAGCAAUGCAGCAGGUACUGGACAACCUCACCGAGCUGCCCUCGUCUACAGGGGCGGGAGAAAUAGACCUCAUCUUCCUCAAGGGCAUCAUGGAGAACCCAAUCGUGAAAUCCCUCGCAAAGGCUCACGAGAGACUCGAAGAUUCUAAACUUGAAGCUGUCAGUGAUAAUAACUUGGAACUAGUGAAUGAAAUUCUUGAAGACAUCAGCCCAUUAAUAAAUGUAGAUGAAAAUGUUGCAGAGCUGGUCAGUAUUCUCAAGGAGCCUCACUUUCAGUCUCUCUUAGAGGCCCAUGAUAUCGUGGCGUCCAAGUGCUAUGACUCGCCCCCAUCGAGCCCGGAAAUGAAUCACUCCUCGGUGAACAAUCAGCUGCUGCCGGUGGACGCCAUUCGUAUCCUCGGGAUCCACAAGAAAGCAGGCGAGCCCUUGGGGGUGACGUUCAGGGUUGAAAACAACGACCUGGUGAUCGCCCGGAUCCUUCACGGGGGCAUGAUCGAUCGGCAGGGGCUCCUCCACGUCGGGGACGUCAUCAAGGAGGUCAAUGGCCACGAGGUCGGCAACAACCCCAAGGAGCUCCAGGAGCUGCUGAGGAGCAUCAGCGGCAGCGUCACCCUGAAGAUCCUGCCCAGCUACAGGGACACCGUCACCCCUCAGCAGGUGUUUGUGAAAUGCCACUUUGAUUACGACCCCUACAAUGACAACCUGAUUCCCUGCAAGGAGGCGGGACUGAAGUUCUCAAAAGGAGAGAUCCUUCAGAUCGUCAACCGUGAAGACCCGAACUGGUGGCAGGCUAAUCACGUGAAGGAGGGAGGAAGCGCCGGCCUCAUACCCAGCCAGUUCCUGGAGGAGAAGAGGAAGGCGUUUGUGAGGAGAGACUGGGACAACCCGGGGCCUUUUUGUGGAACCAUAAGCAGCAAAAAAAAGAAGAAGAUGAUGUACCUGACCACCCGCAAUGCAGAAUUUGACCGACACGAAAUCCAGAUAUAUGAGGAAGUGGCCAAGAUGCCGCCUUUUCAGAGGAAGACCUUGGUCUUGAUCGGGGCCCAGGGCGUUGGCCGGAGGAGCUUGAAGAACAGGUUCAUUGUGCUGAAUCCCACCAGGUUUGGGACCACGGUGCCGUUCACCUCGCGGAAGCCGAGGGAAGACGAGAAAGAUGGCCAGGCCUACAAGUUUGUGUCCCGGGCCGAGAUGGAGGCGGACAUCAAGGCCGGGAGGUACCUGGAGCAUGGAGAGUACGAGGGCAACCUCUACGGCACCAGGAUAGACUCCAUCCUGGAGGUGGCCCAGACCGGGAGGACGUGCAUCCUGGAUGUGAACCCGCAGGCUCUGAAAGUGUUGAGGACGUCCGAGUUCAUGCCCUACGUGGUGUUCAUCGCCGCUCCUGAGCUGGAGACUCUGCGUGCUAUGCACAAGGCCGUGGUGGACGCUGGGAUCACCACCAAGCUGCUGACGGACACGAACCUGAAGAAGACGGUGGAUGAGAGUGCCCGCAUCCACAGAGCCUACAACCACUACUUCGAUCUGAUCAUUGUCAACGAUAACCUGGACAAGGCCUUCGAGAAGCUGCAGUCCGCCAUCGAGAGACUGCGGGCCGAGCCGCAGUGGGUCCCCAUCAGCUGGGUGUACUGAUGGGCCCUUUGCGCAGAAGAGACAAAAUGGAACCUUUCCAAGUAAACGUUUGUCUAAGAAACGUGUGCGGCGCUAGACGGUCCCGGCCAAGUCGAGGCGUCUUUACUCGGUAGACUGAAAUAUUAGGACACGACUCGGAAUUUUUAUAGAAAAUGUGGAAGGGGAAGUGGACUUAAAUAUGUAAUUUAUCUUAAUUUUUCUAACUUUUUACAGAUAAUCUUUCUAUUCAUAUCACAGAGAGAAAUGCGUUGAAGCAUUUUGUAUAUGUUUUGAUUUAACAUUUUUGCCUUUUUCAUCCAAGUUUUCCGAUCAUUCACUUUAAACAGUGCAUUUUGGUCUCCUAUUUUCACUGUGAUAAUGGAUACUUGAAGCAGUUUUUGUAAAACCCUCAUUAUGGUUCUGUUGCCAGCUAUUCUUAUUAAGGGAAAACACUAAUUAUGAACUGUCAUCUAAUUUAAUUUCUUCUGAGAGCAGAAUGUCAGUAAUCAGUGCCAUAACCAGCAUCCCAUCACCUUACUCCGUGUCUGCUUUCUGCUCUCCUGGAGGUAGGUGCGGUUGCUCAUUGUACUUCACACAGACAGUAGGUCCCCUUCACGUUGGUUUUUAGGGGGAAAUGCAGUGCGAGAAGGGGCCCUCCCGUCCGGGGCCGUUCUUGUGAGCCAUUUCCCAGCAUGCAUUGUGUGAGGGAGGGUGGGGCUGCUCCCCUGUAACUGGUACGGCGGGGCUGAGUGAGAAGGGGCGCUCCCACAGAGAGCCCGAGUCUGCGAGAGACGGAGGAGGGAGAGAGCGCACCCUAGGAUUCGGGAAACAGAAACUUAGAUCAAAGUAUUUAUUUUCACUAGUGAAAAUUUCACUGAUAAGGGAAAAAAAAACUUAAUUUAUAAAGCUUUUUAUUAUAAUAUGGUCAGCAGUUCUAUUUUACAGCUAUCAAUUCCUGUGAUAUUUAAAGAUUCUCUCGCUUUUCCAUUUUGAGGUGUUCGUGAGUGAACCUUGUGUUUUCUGAGACGUGACAUGAUAGGAUGUUCGUGCCGUGCUGUGCUGAGAACCAUACCCAUUGAGUAGCUUGUGAAAGGUGGAAGCUCUUGCUAGAUGCUCUAACUAGAUGUUAUUUAUACGGCGCGUCUCUGUUAAGAGACGGGCUUUAGGUUUAUGACGGGCCGGUAGCGUGGCCGCCUCCUUGUGCUCACUGACAUCAUCAUGUGCAGAUUUCUACAUUCCCAUUGGCUCGCACAUCCAUUCCCCACGUGCAGAUAAGCAGCCGGACGCUCUCCCAGGACGUCCGGCUAUAUUACUUGCAAAUCCCAGUGUCGGUCGUGAAUCCCCUGGAGUUUGAUGGUCUGGGGGCAGGGGAGGAGGCGACUCCAACGAGUUCCCCCCAACCCUCGGGCCCCAGGAGGAAGGCCCUGGUGGGAACCUCAUAAGAAAGAUGGAGACUUGCAGUGAUUGCCUUAGGCUUUCAGGGCCUGAUUCGUACCCAGUGUGACAGCGUACGGGUCGCCUAAAGCGCUCGCUUAGUCCCGUUAAGACGGUCCCAAGCACUGUGCUGUCCCAGAGCUGACCCUGGGGCGUGAGAGCUGUGACCCCAAUCCCUUUUCUUAGUCCUAGAAUAGGUAUUCAGCCUCCCUGAGAAAACCUUCUCUAGAACAGCCACAGUAUUUAAUCAGUAUACAUUUGUAUCAGUUUCUUAUCUUCCCAUCACAACAUGAAUCAAGAGACCUGUGUAGAGGUAACUCUCCGUGAUUUUAGGGUUUCUGCGUUUCGUAUUUGGUGGAAGUGCAGUUGAGCUCGGUCCCUUCCAGUGCACAGAAGGGAGCUUGGAGCGUGUCCCACCUCGGGGAACGUGGGGGCCUCCUGGGGACGAUGGACUGGUGGGGCAGGGCCUGCCUCCUGUCCUGGUGGGCAGGGCCUGCCUCCUGUCCUCGUGUCCUUAGAAAGGAGCCUGGGGGGAAGGCUGCGCCUCUCAGUUCAAGAUGGGCCUGAAUCCUGACUUCACCAAGAAAGGGUUAGAGUCGGGAGGCUUCAUACCCUCGGCUUCCUUUGCGCUCAGUGUCCUAAUUGGGGGUGGAAAGUGCCGAAGUGUGGAUUUGGGAAGGGCCACGAGGAAGGGGCUUGGGGACCUCACGGGGCUAAAGGGAAGCCCUGAGGGCCAGCCCACCCCUGCCACUCAGCCCCUGGGUGACUUGGGCUGGGCCCACAUGUAAAAUAAGGCUCCUCUAGACCCAACGGGUCCCAGGGCACGUCUUUAGGGUACUCCAAGAGCCACCUUUCUGGGAACAGUGAAACCAGACCCUGGUUUCCUUUCCAUUCUCUAGGCUUGCCCAGCCGCCUGCGGCCUAUUGCUCACGGCAGGAAGCUCCUGGCUGGCGGCCCCCCUGAUGGGCAGUGGGCCCCGGGGGGUGGGCUGUGGCCCUGGCUUUGGAGGCCGCUGCUGGGGCUGCAGAUCCAGCCGGUUCUUGGAAGUGGGGACCCGUGUGAUGUGGCUUUGGGAGGUGUGGGGAGCCCUGAUGACAGGGGAACGGUCUGAAGCGAUUCUGCCACUUUGGUGAGGGACCAGAUGCUGCUGUAACCUAGAAGGAGCCAUUGAGAGUGAGGAUCAUGUCUUAGAAAUCUCCUCGGGAGAGGCUGGAGUGCGACUGUUGGGUUUCUAUCAAGUAGGAAACAACUUGAACAAUCUUUUGAAAUCUGUGAGCAGCCUUGAAGAUGAUUUUCCUUGGUGGGGGGGCGUGCUGUCGGCCCGUGGGAGGAGCUGGGUUUGGGCUAGAUCGGCUUCCUUUGGCAGCUCCCCGGGGCCUUCAUUGUCACGUGAUAAGUUCUGCACCAGGCUUUGCUCACCCCCCAAAUAGCAAUAGUGUCAGUGGCCCCGUGCGGCCAUCGGGGUGGGGACUGACCCAGGCCCCCCAGGGAGUUGCUUUUCCUGGCAGCUGCCUUGGAAAGCUGAAGGCUGCGGGUCCCCCUGGCGCUCAGGGUCUGGGCCACUUUGGCUGCAGCGGCGGCGUCUCAAGCAGUGGGAGACGCCCCCUCCCCGAAGCCUGUGGUGUGGCAGGCCAGCCAGGAGCCCGAGGGCCCGGCCGCCGUGUCCGAGGGAGAGGGGACGGCCGGGCUCGGGCACACUCGUCCCUGAUGAGGCCCUGCAGGCUGGAGACCCCAUGUGGUCUCGCCUUUGGUUUGGCCGUGAUGCCCCCAGUUUGGGGACCUUUACCUGAAACUGAAACAUUGUCCUUAAACAGCUGCCAGAGGUUCUGGGAACUUCCUGUGCUAAUGAGGAAGAGCCAUGGGUCGUGUUCCACAUACAUACUAUGGGUGUAUGUGUAUGUGCCCCCCCCCACUCACAAAUGUAUAAAACAACCCAGAUCCAUCUCAGAACCCAUGUCCCUAAAGCAUCGUUUGCCUGAUAAAACUGAGCAUAGGUACCCAAUCCCAUGGGGCAUGUGCGCCUGGGGCUCUGCUCCUGGGCCCCCUGGCCCCAGCCCCGCCCAGAAAGCAGUCCCUGUAACCCCAGGUUUCAAUCAGAGGUCAGAGCAGCCCCGGGAGGUACUUUACUAGGGCUGUCAUUGAGAUGAGGACGGGACCAGCUAGAGCUUCUGUUGGCAGGAGUCGGGAAGCCCCUCAGAGUCCCGUCUGGGAGCGGCCGUGGUGGGCGCUGACCUCCCAAAGGGAAGACGGGGAGGCAAGCUCGGUGACCCGGAGCCACUGGGGUUCCUGGGGGUGCCUGCUCGCCCUCAAGGCGCUGCCCUUCUUUGCCCACCUGAGUUUCCUCUUCAUCCGGGGAUCCAGGUUGAAUGACACAUUCUGUCUCCCUCCUCCCCCCAUCUCCCGGGUCCCUGGGCUGGGCGCUUCCUAGCUGGGAAGGCGAGGCUGGCGGCCCCUGUAGCUCAGCUGCCUUCCCCGCCCCCAUGCCGCUCUCCUGCUCUCGACCGAGACCACCCAUGAGAAGUGAGGCCUGAUAGGUUUGGGGAUUGAAUCCUGGGUCUCCAGUGACGAGAUUAAGUCCAUCAGGUUCUGUGGGACUCUUAAUAUUCCCCUUCCUCCUUCUCAAAAAGAGGAUCACAUAAUCCUCAGAAAUGAAAGGAAGCCCCCCUAGAUUUGGGCUUGGCGCCCCUGGCCUCUCUCCUGGGGCUGAUUCCUCCAUCUCAAGGUUCUUCUGCCACGUCUUUCAGGGAGUCAGUGCCUGGUGCACACACCCUUUGGAGGCCCCAUUUUUAGCCCAAAGAUGCAGCCUUGGAGCCAAAGCCUGCAAGGAAGGACUCCUGGCUGUGUGUGUGAGUAACUCAGGGAUAGUCUAAGGAGCAGCAUCUCGUGGUCCUUGAAUUCUUCUCUGCAGCCGCAGAGAGCCCCGGGUGCAGUUUCGCUUUUGGAGUCAGAGUGGAACAAAUAGAACAUGGAAAGGCGCGGGCAGCUGGGAUCUUCAUUUUGUUGUUUUUUGUAGAGAUUUAGGUUAUUAGAUAUGGGAGAGGGGUCAAGGGAAAUGGGAUUGCAAGCCACGCCCUUCCUCCCAAGGUCAGAGCCGGUUUCUGAAUGUUUACCUCACGGUGGUGAUGGGUUGCCACAUUCUCUGUACCUCUAAGGAGCUGCCGUCACACACCACUGGCUCUCCCGGCCCCAAGGCCUGGCCUGGAUCUUGGUUCCACAGUAGCCAACUUUAUUCCUUCCCUUUCCUUGCCUCCCAGGUCCUGCUCAUGAAAACACCCACAGGUGACGUUCAUGGUGCUUAUGAACAGCAUGAUCAGGUCGAGUUCAGCCAGGGGCAUGAUGGGAGCUUAGAGCGAGUCAGGGAGAUAUUGUCAAAGUGUGCGGCGGCCCGCGGCGUUUUGGCCCCCAGUGGUCUAGAGGGACCCUCGGCCUUGGCGGGCCCUGCAGCUAUGGCCGCACCGCGCAGCAGCUCCUCCCCUCAGGAGGACAACGAUCCCAGAGAAACUUCACUCAGACAGUAGCUUAGUUGUAUGUUUCUACUUUAAUCACAUAAAACAGGGAGCAAUAACUAAAUGUCCCAAAUUCUCAAUACCAAGAUCAGUUAGCGAUUGUUACCAAAGGCCGAGGUGCUUUUGCUUUAUCAUUUUGUUUUUCAAAAAGAUGAGAAUUUAAUAGAAGGUACAUUAGUCUUCUAAGCAGAAAAAUUUCCUGGUUUGUAACUUGAGGUUCACCUGGUCCUGGUGAGGAUUUAGGCCUGGAAGGGACCUUAAGGGUCAUCAUUCCAUUUUACAAGAAGGUAGUAAAAUAAUAAUAAUAAUACUAACAAUAACCAAAAUGCCCUGAGUCCAGUAGAAACUUAAGUGGCAGACUUGGAAUGAUUGCAAGUCCACUUGCAAAGAGUCCAAAAAACCUAGACUUAAAGUUUCCAUCUAUUUUCCCUCCUCUACACACGCAAAAAAAGGUGAUCCCCUUUUCCCCUUCAGCAAAUGUUUCUUUAAGGUAGUAUGAAAAAACUGGCCCCAAUUCCCUUUCAAAGGGGCAGCACCUGAAACUUGGGCCACUUUUAAGGUUUGUAGAGGAAAAAGCUUUAGGGGGGGGGUUCUUCUGGGCAUUUCUUUUCCUCAGUACUUCUACACAUUAAAAUGCAUGGUUUUUAGGAUCAGCUUUUGCACACGUGUAGAA